AUGCGCCCAACCAAGUUGAAUCGAGAUCAGCUAAAGACAGAGCUCCUGAGCACACUCCACGCACUCAGCGAUAUGACCACCUCAAUGCUCAAGGAGCACUGGCUGAAACUCGGUAUCCGUGGCCAUCCACCCCACUUCAAACAAGCACUGGUGCGAGAGAUCGCGUGGCAUCUGCAGUCUGCCACACACGGGCGGCUCGACGCCGACACACGCCGCCUGCUCAAGUCAGCGAUGCGUCACGCGCCACUUCCUGGUGCGGGACAGACGCGGACCACCGCCCGAAAGAAUCGCGACCCGCUCAACCUCCCCGCGGGCACCACACUGGUGCGAUCGUGGCGUGGCCGCAAGCAUGAGGUGCAUGUGCUCGAUGACGGCAAGCGUUUCAAGUACCGCGAUGCUGAAUAUGCCAGCUUGUCGGAGAUCGCUCGUGAGAUCACCGGGGAGAAACUGAUGAAGACUAUCCGCUGCGCUGUCUACACACGCAAAUCAAACGAAGAGGGGCUCGAUCUGGCGUUCAACUCGCUCGAUGCCCAACUCGAGGCAGGUCUUGAUUACAUCAAAAGCCAGAAGCACGAGGGAUGGGAAGCGGUGAAGGCUCGCUACAGCGACGGGGGAUUCUCGGGCGGGACCAUGAAGCGACCGGGCUUGAAGCAACUACUUGAUGACAUCGACAAGGGUCGGAUUGAUGUGGUGGUGGUAUACAAGGUCGAUCGCCUGAGCCGCUCGCUGGGAGACUUCGCCAAGAUGAUGGAGGUAUUUGAUGAGAAGCGGGUCUCGUUUGUAUCGGUGACCCAGCAGUUCAACACGAGCACCUCGAUGGGUCGGCUGACGAUGAACAUGCUGCUGAGCUUCGCGCAGUUUGAGCGAGAGGUUUCGGGUGAGCGUAUCCGCGACAAGAUCGCGGCGACCAAGAAGAAGGGGUAUUGGGUCGGCGGGACGCCUCCGUUAGGCUACAGGCUGCAACAGGAGAAUGAAACCAAAGGGAUCUACAUCAUCCCCGAAGAGGCGGAGCUGGUUCGAAAGAUCUUCGAGUUGUACAUCGAGCAUCGAUCACCGCUGGCAGUUGCCAAUACACUGAGCGAACAAGGCUUCACCACGAAGCAUUGGAUUAGCAAGAACGACCGAGUGCAUGGAGGCAAGCGGAUCACCACAAAAUAUGUCCACGGCGUAGUUACAAACCAACUUUAUCUUGGCAAGAUCACCCAUACCCGUAGCAGUAAGACGGAUGUGUUCGACGGCUUACACGAGCCCAUCAUCGAUCAGGAAUGCUGGGAGAAUGCUCAACGGAUCAUGAAGAAGCAGAAGAAGUCGGAUCUCCACCGCUGGACACAUCCGCACCUACUUAAGGGCAAGAUUCGUACGAGUGAUGGCUUCAUGAUGAGCCCAUCAUCAACGCACCGCCCGUUAACCAAGAAGAGCGAGACGAAACAGAAACGGCUUGUGCGAUACUACAUCAGCCAGAAGGCAAUCAAGCACGGAUUCAAAAACUGCCCGAUCAAAACGAUCAACGCCGAGCAUCUUGAUGAGCUCAUCCGAGGUUUGGUGCUGAGCCAUCUGCAGCAUGAAGACUUGUUGAACCAGUCUUCUAAGAUCCGCGAUCGCUGGAUCCGUAGGGUGAUCGAUGAGGUCACGGUCUCGGCUGAUGAAGUGAAAGUAAAGCUGACAAACUCAGAACUGGUGAUACUCCAAUCACACCGUUUCAAGUCCACAACAGCAGAGCAACUGCCGCACCCAACCUGCCUGCAUAAGCCAAGGGUCGAAGAGCACGGUGACAGCACUACGCUAACGCUUGAAAUCCAGAUAAAGAAAUUCGACGGGCGACGGAUGCUCUUGAGCCCUGAUGGCACAGACCUGAUCAUCCCUUCGAAACCAGAACCGCAACAGCACAUCGUCGAUGCGAUCGGUUUGGCGUACCGGUGGCACGACGAGAUGAUCAAAUCGGGAUUGAAGAUCGUCGAGUAUGCAGAAAGGCACGGCAUCGCUAGAACUCGCAUGAUCAAGCUGCUCCCGCUGACCCAGCUGAGUCCACAAGUGUUGAGAACUGCGCUGACCGGGACACUCUCCAGCACCAUCACACUUGAUGAUCUGCUCAGAGCAUCGAAGCAGCUGGAUUGGACCAAACAGGCAUUGGAACUCCGGUUGUAA